AUGAUCGAAACUAUCAAGGGCUCGUCGAGAAACUGCUUUUUACACAGAUGCGACCCGCCCCUCCGUACAGUCGCGACUGGUGAACUCGAGGACUCGCGAGAAUGCGCAGAGGUCUCCCGGAAGAUAUUCAAGACCCUCAAACAGACGUACCGACAACAAAAUCAUACAAGCGAGGUGAUCGGGCAGCGGUUCCUCGGCAAUGAGAGCCACGUGGAGCACUUCAAGCUCCUGGAGCGCGCGACAACCUCGAUCCUCAUUGGUGCCAGGAACGCCAUUUACAACAUAAGUCUGCAUGAUCUAACGGAGAUCGUCGACCAGAGAUUGCAGUGGUCCAGCACCGAGGCGCAUCUCCAGCUUUGCUACUUGAAGGGCCGUAACGACGAUGAGUGCCAGAACUACGUGCGAGUAUUUGGCAGACAGGGCCCCGAUCGCUUCCUCGUUUGCGGCACGAACGCCUACAAGCCGCUCUGCAGACAAUUCACGAUCAAGGAUGGAGCAUAUGUACAAAAAAGUGAUAUGGACGGUCUGGGCCUCUGUCCGUACGACCCGCGACACAAUAGCACAGCAGUCUUCGCCGAGGGCCAGCUCUACGCUGCGACAGUGGCCGACUUCUCGGGUGGUGAGCCACUGAUUCACAGGGAGAAAAUUCGCACCGAACGUUCGGAUCUGAAUCAGUUAAACGGUCCCAAUUUUGUUAGCUCGUUCGCAUAUCAAGAUUACGUAUUUUUCUUCUAUCGCGAGACGGCCGUUGAAUACAUGAAUUGUGGAAAGGCGGUAUACUCACGGGUUGGCAGAGUCUGUCAGCACGACAAGGGCGGGCCACAUGCAUUUAGCGACAGAUGGACGAGUUUCCUGAAAGCGCGACUCAACUGUUCGGUACCGGGCGAAUACCCCUUCUAUUUCAAUGAAAUACAAUCAACAAGCGAUGUUACGGACGGCCGAUAUGCGGGUGAAUCUGCGCGCUUAGUCUACGGGGUUUUCACAACCCCGGUUAAUUCCAUCGGGGGUUCAGCAAUCUGCGCUUUCUCUAUGAACAAUAUUCUCGAGGUCUUCCAAGGCGCUUUUAAGGAACAGGAGACUAUAAACAGCAACUGGUUACGGGUCUUACCGGAAAGAGUGCCCGAACCGCGACCCGGCGCCUGCGUUAAUGACUCCAGAACGCUUCCGGACAUUACUGUCAAUUUUGUUAAGGCUCAUCCUCUCAUGGACGAUGCGGUGCAAUCCUAUUUCGCGCUACCUGUGAUAACGAAAAUCAGUUUUAAUUACAGAUUUACAAAAGUCGCCGUAGAUCCUCAAGUAAAAGCAUUGGACGGUAAAACUUACGACAUUCUCUACAUUGGCACAGAUGACGGCCGUGUUCUAAAGGCGCUCAACACACGCGCACCGGAAACUCGCAAUAACGUCGGUCAAAUUAUCGUCAGUGAUGUCCAAGUAUUAAAAUUUGGUCAAGCAGUGAAGGAUCUUCUAGUGGUUCAUCUAGCUGGUGAAGCGAGCAAACUGGUGGUAUUCGCGGAUUCUGAAAUUCGCGCGGUUCCGUUGCAUCAUUGCGACUCGCCUGCUGUGGCUACUUGUAGGUCCUGCGUCGCUUUACAGGAUCCUCAUUGCGCCUGGGACGCAACCGCGAACCUCUGCGUGGCUGUACUAACGAAGCUCCAUGAUAGCGACGCCGACAAGACCUUAUUUCAAGAUAUUUCUACUGGAAGACACAGAAGCUGCGGAUACGAACAAGAAAUGACGAAGCCCGUGCAACCAGCAGUAGCGCCCGAAAUUGGGCGUGACGAGCAACCCGAUGAACGGGAUAAUGAAAUCGUCAUCGAGUUGGAUCGGGAAAAUCAGUACGGCCGUACGCAGCCAAGGGCUAACGAGCCUCAAGGUGUGACUGUGACUCCAGUAGUCUACUCGGCCCAGACACUAACAGGUGCUUUGAUCGGCACUUGCUUCUGCUCUCUGGUGGCCGGCUUCGCUUUCGGUUUCUGGUUCUCCCAAAGACUGCGUGGGACGCCAUAUCCCGAGCCAUCCGAGCAACGGCAACAGCUGAACCGACUGACGGAGAGCUCGGAGUCACCCGGAUUCAACAAUAAGUCCAUCAACCUGGUACUGAACGUACCGCCUAAGAACCCAAACGGCAAAAACGCCAAUUCGUCCGCAGAGAACAAGCCAGUGCAGAAGGUGAAGAAAACGUACAUAUGAUACAGAAGGCGACAUAGAGCCGUCUGAGGCUUGUC